AUGGAGAAACAGCUCCUCGAGCUGGUGCUGACGGCAAGAGCGGGAAAGUGCCAGUCUAAGUACCAGCGUCUGAUGGCUCAGUACAGGACAGACCGCUUCACCAGUAAUCUCGCUACCGGGGAGGAAGGUGAAUCUAUCACGAACUUUGCCGCAGAGGGUCUAAAUAAAGCUGCAGAAUCUUCAAGCGGGCCUGCUGAGCAGAGUAGCGGCAACAGUUCGCUCGCAAGUGAUGAGGAGAAACGCCAGCUCUCUCGAAGUCACCAGCAACGUUCUAGCAAGGUGAAGAGGCUACGAGACAAAGCAGUGGCAGCUGCCACGGCAACUACAGCAGCGAAUGAUAGGGCGUUGGAGGCAUUCAUUGCUGCAUGCAACAGGAAUAAGCAGUUUUUCAAAAAGCGGACCAAACAGAUUGAACAAAUUGGUACGCGCACGCGACUCGAGGCAUUGUCAAUCAACAGCAGGACCUUGCGAUUUUGA